AUGGGAAUGGACAUAGAUCAAUAUCUUAGCCUACCUAGUUUACCAAAGAGUAGGAUUAAACUCAGAAUUAUAGUGGAGGCCAAUGGUGUACAAUAUGAAAAAUCAAUAGAUGGUACUCAAGAACACUUGAAAUCAUUUAUAAAUAAAAUAAAUAGUAAAGCAAAGAAAGAAGAAGAAUCGAUUAAAAGGAAUAUGGUGCUGUCGACAGCGACUUCAUCGACUACCAAUGUAUUGAUUGCCAAGAAUCUAUCACAACUCAGUCUCAAUCAUCAUAUUCAUGCUAGAAAUCAGAGUAAAGAGGCAUUGGCCGAUCCAAGAAUAUUUGGUGUCAGUCUCGACACUUUAAUGGAAAGACAGAAAUCAGAUACCACCACAAAAAUUCCAAUUUUUAUGAAACAUGCAUUAAAGCAUUUAUUUGUACAUUCAUUAGAUGUAGAAGGAUUAUUCAGAAUAUCAAGUAGUCAAGCAGAUUUAGUUGCCAGAAAGGUUUCAGUGGAUAAAGGAGAGUUACAGUUUUCAAAGGAUGACAAUCCACAUCUUGUCACUGGACUACUCAAGAUAUUUCUUAGAGAGUUACCAGAGCCAAUUUGUACAGCUGAUUUAUAUGAUUUAUUCUUGGCAUCAUCUGAUCAAAUUACAAAAUGUCAAUCAUUUGAUAUGAUAAAGAAAACAUUGUCAAUGUUACCACCAAACAACAAACAGCUGUUUCAACAUCUAUGUCACUUUUUGACAUUUGUCGCAGCGAACUCACAUGUUAAUCUCAUGAACCACUCGAAUCUCGGAAGAAUUUUUGGACCAAAUCUAUUUUGGAAGAAGGAAGUUGGACAGUUGGACAUGAAUCAACUUCAGGCUACCAGUGAAAAGGUUAAUGUAUUGGCAGAGAAUCUGAUUACACAUUACAACGAUUUGUUUGAAGAACCCACACCAACUGCAUUCAGCGGACGUCUCUAUCUUCAAAGCAAGAUGUUAGGACAUAAAAAGUCUGUGCAAUGGCUGGCAUUGAUCGAUCAGGAGAGAAAGGUUUGCUCACUCGAUACACUUGGACUGCUCAAAGUCUGGGACUCUCAGAGCGCUACACUCAUCAAUGAAUUCAACGUCUGUGAACAGGGUGCGCUCAUCUACUCGAUGGUUUGUGCAUCGAACGACACUAUAUGGGUGGCAACUUCACAAUCGGUCUCAAUUUGGUCACCCUCUGGAAAAAUGAUUGGUGAAGCACCGGGCGAAGCAUACUCACUCACCGAGUCACAGCAUGGCGACAUCUGGGUAGGUGGCAAUCAGGUGAUGAACAUCUACUCGCUCAAAGACAUCCCAACAGAGGCUGGCGAUCAUCCAAUCAAGCCAAUCGGAACCGAUCUCUUCAAUCAAAACGUAUUCAUUUUGGCACUGUGCAAAGUCGGUAAAAACAGAAUCUGGGGAUGCUCCUCCAACAAACUCCUUUACAUAUACGACGCCAAGACCAAAGAAAUUCUUCACAAAACAGAGAUUCACGAGAAACGUCCAAAACGUAUUGCCUACAUUGAAUUCGAGGACUAUGAAGCUGUUUGGAUCGGUGGUGAUGAAGGUACUUUCCAAAUUUUGAAUGCAAAUACAUAUGAAUUGGUACAUAAAAUAGAGAAUGCAGGUUGGGAUAAGAUAUUUGUUUUGGCACCUAUUGGACGAGAGAUGUGGACAUCCACUUGGGAUAUAGUAGUGAGAUCUUGGGAGCCGAGAACUCGUGAUGUCACUGGUGAGAUCAAAGGAAAUCAUUCCGAUGCUAUUUCAGCAAUCUUAGAGGUACCUAAUUUAAAGGGUACUGGUGAUCCAUUCAUCUGGUUCGGAUCGUUUGACAAAUCUAUUUCCACUUAUAUCAACAAAGGUGCUGCAGAUCGUGAGAGUAAAUGGUCCAACGCCAAAAGAAGUGUACCUAGAACCGUUAGAAUUGGAUUCUCUUCUAGAGGUUAA